AUGACGACAGACGUUCAGGCUAGCAGACAGGAAGCCCAGGCUUUCAAGGCAACGAGAUUCGUCAGCACUGCCCGUGUGACACACGCUACCCCUGCCGCACUUUACGCACAUUCGCCCCAUCGAGACUGGGAGUGUGACUCUGAUAUACCGCAGAAGGAAAUUGACAUUGGUUGCAUUGACAUCGCUCAGCAACUCAUAACAAUCGGACAGGAUACACAGUUUAGGGACGAAUGGCAAGCAGGUAAAUACAAGACAAACAACAAGUACGUGUGGAAUUUGGAACAAUUUAAAGACGUCAAUCCACUUGAAACUGACAAUCUUUUAGGUUUGUUUGAGCCCAGUCAUAUGCAAUUUGAAGGUAACCGAAUGAAUGACGUAGGGGGUGAGCCCUCAUUGUCUGAGAUGGUAGAAAAGGCCAUUGAGAUACUUCAGAAGGACAAAGACGGUUUCGUCCUUAUGGUUGAGGGUGGCCGAAUUGACCAUGCGCAUCAUGACGGGUUAGCCUACCACGCCCUGCAUGAUACCAUUGCAAUGGAUAAGGCUGUAGCCAAGGCGAUGUCAAUGACCAAUGAAAUGGAGACUUUAUUUAUUGUAACUGCCGACCAUAGCCAUGUACUCUCUAUAGGAGGAGCAGCUGAUCGUGGUAGUCCAAUACUCGGCAGAGGAGGUCUGAUGAAUGACGGUUUGCCAUUUACAACACUCUCAUAUGCAAACGGCCCUGGAGGAAAUGAGGAGUUAAACAGCUUUAAAAGUACUGGUUCGAGACGGAAUCUGACGGAUACCAACACAGAGGCUGCCGAUUUUCACCAUCCAGCGCUUGUCCAAAUUGAUUCAGAGACUCAUGGUGGAGAGGACGUCACUAUUUACGCCAAUGGACCAAUGUCGCAUCUUUUUCACGGGGUACAUGAACAGCACUACAUUGCCCACGUGGUCAGAUAUGCUUCCUGGUUAAACUGCCACAAUGGGGCGCCCUCUACUGGACCAAAUUCCAUUUUGGCUUUACUGUUGUUUUCUUUCGUACGGAAGUUUAUAGAUUGA